CGGGUAAACUUUAUGACUAGUCUCGCCUGCGGCUAGCCGCAUGCACAUUAGUACGACAUUACUAAUAGCAAUUGCCAGCCCUGACAAGCCUACGUUUGCGGAGACAAGAACAACACCAAAAUCACGGUAAACGCAGUACGGUAUGCAUUGACUAAGGAAUGACCGUCUAUUAGGUAAAAAAAGUCUACGGAUUGAGACUAAAAGCGUUGAUGAUUGUUUUACACUCGGCAUCCAACUCCUGCACGCGUGAUGGCCAUGUCUGCUCCGGGCGCGCCGGACGAGGCAGCAACUUCCAGGCUAUAUAAACACCCCCCACCCCUUCUUUCUACCCUCUCUUUCGCACUCUCCUCAAUCCCUAAACACACAUUGCUAUGACUUUCGCCUUAGCAUCCGAAUUGCCAGCCUGGAAGACCCUCCAGGGUCUCUACGACCAACAGCACGCCAACUUUUCCGUGAUCCAGGAGUUUGCGAAGGAUUCCAAGCGCUUUGAGAAGCUCUCCCACACCUACACCAACUUCGAUGCAUCCGAGAUCUUCUUUGAUUUCUCAAAGAACUUGGUGAACGAUGAAACCUUGGCCGCGCUCUUGCAAUUGGCCCAGGAGGCUGACGUUGUGGGCCUCAGAGAUGCCAUGUUCGCGGGUGACCACGUCAACACCACCGAGGACCGUGCGGUGUACCACGUUGCGCUCCGUGCAUCCAAGGAUGCCGCUGCUCCGAUGAAGGUGGACGGUAAGGAUGUCUUGCCGGAAGUUGCCGCGGUUCUCGCGCACAUGAAGGAAUUCUCCGACAGCGUGCGCUCCGGCGAAUGGAAGGGGUACACUGGCAAGCGUAUCACCGACAUUGUGAAUAUUGGGAUCGGUGGGUCCGACUUGGGCCCAGUCAUGGUCACCGAAGCCUUGAAGAAGUACGCCCAGGAGGGCUUGAACUGCCACUUUGUGUCCAACAUUGACGGAACCCACAUUUCUGAGACCUUGAAGCCAUUGGACCCAGCCACCACCUUGUUCCUCGUGGCGUCCAAAACCUUCACCACCGCCGAAACCUGCACCAAUGCAAACUCCGCCAAGUCCUGGUUCCUCGAAAGUGCCUCCCAGAAUGACAUUGCGAAGCAUUUCGUCGCCUUGUCCACCAACGCCGAGGAGGUGGGCAAAUUCGGGAUCGACACCGCAAAUAUGUUUGGCUUUGAGAACUGGGUCGGUGGCCGGUACUCCGUGUGGUCUGCCAUUGGCCUUUCCGUUGCCUUGUACAUCGGGUUUGAGAACUUUGAGCACUUCUUGCAGGGUGCCCAGGCGAUGGACACCCACUUUACUACCACUCCGUUGGCGCAGAACAUUCCGGUUAUCGGUGGGUUGCUCUCUGUGUGGUAUAACAACUUCUACAAGGCCCAGACCCACUUGAUCGCGCCGUUCGACCAGUACCUUCACCGGUUCCCGGCCUACCUCCAGCAGUUGUCCAUGGAGUCCAACGGGAAGUCCGUCACCCGUGCUAACGUGUUUGCCAACUACGAGACUGGAACCAUUCUCUUCGGUGAGCCAGCCACCAACUCGCAGCACUCGUUCUUCCAGUUGGUCCACCAGGGCACCAAGUUGAUCCCUGCUGACUUUAUCCUCGCCGCGCAGUCCCACAACCCGAUCGAGCAGAACUUGCACCAGCGCAUGUUGGCCUCCAACUUUUUUGCCCAGUCCGAGGCCUUGAUGGUUGGUAAGAACGCUGCCCAGGUUGAAAGCGAGGGCGCCAAGGGCGGCUUGGUUCCACACAAGGUUUUCUCCGGGAACCGUCCAACCACCUCCAUCUUGGCCCAGAAGAUUACCCCAGCCACCCUUGGGUCCUUGAUUGCGUACUACGAGCACGUCACCUUUGUCGAGGGUGCCAUCUGGAACAUCAACUCGUUUGACCAGUGGGGUGUUGAGUUGGGCAAGGUCUUGGCCAAGGCCAUUGGUGGUGAAUUGGUAGACAAGAAGGAGGUUGCCAGUCACGAUCCGUCGACCAACGGGUUGAUCAACAAGUUCAAGCAGUGGUCGUUGUGAAGCCAGGGCGAGACCCAGCAACGCUCCGGGCGAGGCGAGCCGCGUCUAUGAGACUUGGAAUUGUAUAAGGUAAUAUACCAAAGUAACCGGGUAGGUUUAUCUAGUGUAAAUGGGCUAUAAAGAGAUUAUAGGGGAAAUUCAUUCCUUUUACAUGGCUAUCGUCUCAAUUGC